AUGGGAUUGUGUCAUACCAAAAAGGCAGAACAGAGGAAAAAUCCGGCCAUCCUCAAUAAAAGUCAACCCAGAGCUAAAAUUCCUUAGACAACCGAACAAAUACUAGAAUUUGCUAUCACAGAGCCCUUUGAAGAUAGCAGUCUCAUCUACAUUUCUCCACAAAUCAAACACAAAACUCAAUCAUCUAAACAACCAAGUCCUACCUACUCAUUGAACCUCUCGAAUUACAAAUAUCGUUUUUCUUCCAAAUAUGUUCACCAAGAAUUCAAACCCAAUGAGAAAUAGCUAAUCAUCCAUAGAGAGAGCGGGUUACCUUAUUACCUUGAGAUUUUGGAGUCCAACUCCGAGAACAGAGGAUUGAUCAGAAAAUUGUUUAAUCCCACCACUCCAGAAAACCAAUAGGACCCUUCAAACCUCUUCGACAUUGUUGAGAUAUGCUUAUAAAAUAGAUUAAUCUUGGUUGUAAGACAGUACAAAGAGGCCAAAAGCCUUGAAUCACAAUUAUAAAUUCUCAAAUCGAAUGUAAAAACUUUAUCAAUUUCUGUCAAUAAGAUAAUUAAAAUCAUAACGACUCUACAUUCAUUAGAUAUAAUUCAUUUUAAUUUGAGUGUCAAAUCGUUCUAGUAUUAAUAAAUAUCAGGAGAAAUAUAUCUCAACAAUUUAUCUGAUUUAUAUAAUAGUGAGGAAGUUAAUUUUUAAUAUAUAUCUCCAGAACAAUUAAAUUACAUUCCCUACUUUACAAAAGAAUGCAACAUCUGGGCUUUGGGAAUGAUCAUUUGCUAAUUGAUGGAUUGUCCAAAACUUCCCAUUUAUAAUGACAAUUUGAGUAAGUUUAAAAGAUUAGUGGAGAAAUGGCAACCAAUAUCAUCAUUAAUACAUAUCAAGGAUUAAGAGCUAUAGGAAUCUCUAAUUAAAAUGUUAUAAAAAGAUCCCAGUCAAAGAGCAUUAUGA